AAUGACUCGGGAAUGACCCACUUCCACUCCCAGCCCCACUACAGGCUACGACUGGGCGAUGUGCCGUUUGUUGCUGGGAAGUCUACCAGCCCAAGCCACUCGGUCACGGCCAACGUGCAGCAUGUGCUCCACCUCAUGAAGCAGCAUUCGAAAGCCCUCUGCAACAGCCGCGUGGUCAGCGAAGCCCCGAUGAGUAAGCCGUCGAGUAGGGGCAGGAGAGCAUCUACGUCUUCCCUUUCUUCCACCUCCCAAGGAGAUCUUUCUGAGGUGCUUCUGACAUUACAAGAUGAGCUCGGGCAAAUGAGUUUCCAACACCAGCACUUAGCAAAACUCAUCCAUGAAGCUGCAACAAUGGCCUUAAGGAGGGACUUGGAGAAGGAUUUGGAAGUGCUGGUGAAAAAGAUGGAAGCCAAGGCUGAACAAAUCAAUAAAAUCCAGAGGCAUCGGGCACGGCUGGAGAAGCUCAAGGUCAGCAAGACCAAGCAGCACGGCGCUCGGGAUUGCUGUAAAGCGGGCGAAGAGAAGAAGGUGAAAGAGGCCAGCUUGAAGAGAAAGCCCGUUGGGCAGGGCAAGAAGAACCUCCAGCUGCUGAGAGACAUGCAAAGCAUACAGACCUCCCUCCAGAAAGAUGACAUCAGUUGGGACUGCUGAAUUGUCUUCCCCUCGUGUGUGUGUGUGUGUGUGUGGGUGUUUGGGUGUGUGUGGCACCUUGUAAACAAAGGCUUCUCCUAUUCUACCUGUAUGCCUGAUUGUGUUAUCAUCGUGGAGAGGAACUGGGGAUGGGUAGAAAGGAAGCAAAGAUAGGCUGGCCUCUUAUUAUUUCAUUGCUAAAGCCCCACAUUGGCACCACCACUAAUGGAAUAUUUUUCUAUGAAAGGUUAUUUUUACCCUACAAUUCUGCUUCUGACCAUGGAACUCAUUGCUUGCGAUGACUUCCUUCUACGUGUGAGUUUCUUUUUCUUUUUUAAAUUCAUUUGGAGCAUUGAAAAUGAACUGGGAAAGGCAUCAGAAUUAUUAUUUUUGGCAGAGUUUUGACUUUGCUUUAUAAAGACAUGGUGCCUUUGAAUGAAGCAAGGGUGGUACGAAGCCUUGUGUCCCUUUUCAAGGUCUUAUAAGUAGCUUUUUCUUUAAAAAGAAACAAGCUUUUUUUUCUUCUCAGAAUGGAGAACUCCACUCAUGUCUCGAUGUUUGAGCAAGAUGCUCCUGUUUAGAAAUACGGAAAUUAUGCACAGAGGUGAGAAGAUUUUCUUUGGCAUUCAAUUAAACACCAUUAAAAAAAAUUUAUAUCCAUUUUAAGCCAUGGGAUUGAAAGGAUGCGGUUUCAGAGUGAAACUGAAUUGCCAAGUUAAUUUUAAUCUCAUUUCUACUGUUCUGCUGAAAAGCAGGUUUAAUACACGUAUUUUAUUUUCCCCAAAAUUAAAUGGUGCCUUCGAUCAUGCUGUUUAAUACUGGCAGGCAGCUUUUUAAAAACUAAUAUUCCCUAGACUAGAAGAUCUGCUUGGUGGUUCUGGUACUAGGCAGUUUUAAAUGUACAUGCAACAAUAUUAUUUAUUAUAUUAAUAAUAUAAAGGCUUUUCCGGAGAUUGGACUGUAGUAGUAACUCGAAAUGGCCUGUACUUUUUCGAGGUUUGAUUGGACUGCAAUAAAGGCAAAUACAAUAAAUUAGUUGUGAAAAC